UUGAUGUUCUGGACCGACUUUGAUGCUCCUACGCGAGCUGCUAGACGAUGGUACCAAUGUACCGGUUCUCACCGCGGUACGGUCAUGACCCGGGUUCCAUCAAACCGUCUCAGUUGAAUGAUAAACUCAUCUCCUCAUUCUGCGAUGCGGUUGGUGGAGCGACUAGAGAGAAAGCAAUCUCUAUCCUUCAACUCUGCAACUGGAAUAUAGACCAAGCCGUCGGCUGUUACCUUGAUGGGUUCUCAGAGGAUGACAUUUCCACGGCAGUUGAUAUGAGAAUGAUAGGCACCAGAGGUCUGCCUAGUUUGAUGGAGGUUGAUCCGACCGAGCCAGAAAGGUUGCUCAAAAAGGCUGGUGAAGAAAACGCCGCAGUAGCUAUUCUUGGACUGGCGUCGUCUCAAGUGGAUGGUAAGGCUGUUGAGGAAGAUUCAAGGACUGAGUCAUUCCCUGAUCCUGUUGCCUUCCAAGACAGAAUAAUUUUGGGGCCUCGAGCUGCGCGGACUACUAUUACAAUAACUAUCAUCUUGGCCGAUGGUAGGUCCGUAAAUAUUCCUUUUAGAUCCAACCAAACCGUCAGAGACAUCCGCGAUGCCAUUGACGAGCUAACACCAGGCAGCGACAGAAACUACUCUUUGCAAUCAAUGGCUGGAGUAGAUUAUAUGGACUCCAAUAUAACUGUACACGAGAUUUCUGCUGGUCGGUCCACAACUCUCCUCCAGAUCUACCUUAAUCCGUAGCUUUGGUUUUGCACAGUUUCCAUUGAUUGAUGAAAGAGAGUGGAGAGAGAGAUGUAUCAUAGGACUUUAGAAAUGAUUCUUGCCUUGUAUAGAAAAGAAAAAAAUAGAGCAGAGCAAAGCAAAGCAUAUUUGUUUCUUUUUUUUUUGUGAGCAUAUAUUUGUUUCUUAUAGCUUCGAUUAGUCAAACAUAGAGAAAUUAAUGAAACAUAGAGAGAUUUGAAGCAGCCGUUGUUUCUUUUAAACUUUGCUAGGGAUCAUAAUUGCGUCGCGUCUAUCAGUUUUUUUAGAGAACACAAAAGGUUCAUUGGAUGUACGCAAGGAUAUGAUAAUUGGUACGGAUGAUCCGAGCUUAAUGGUCGGAGAACCGGAUCACCGGAUGAUUUUGGGGGGACAUGAUGGAUAUUUACGUGGAAACCGAGGCUUCCACACAUACGAAUACUGUUCCUAUGGUAGGUGUGUUUUCGAGACUUACAUAAGGUCGAAGAGCAGAAACUUGAAGAUGAGAGCUUGGUUGCAACUUUUAGAGAUACGGUAUAAAUUAUUAAUACUCUUAUUUAAGAAAAUUUUCCAGUAUCAUAAAUUAAUUUGGAUCUUAUUUCUAAUCUUUCUAACUAAUUUUCCAUUUUAUUAAAAAUUAAAAA